AUGAGUACUACUCAGACAGAUGCUGCUCCACCUUUGAAGAUCAGCACAAUUAAUGCUGCAUCACUCAGAGCUGCUUGGGGAAAGGGUCUUCAUGACUGGGCAUUAGCUUCAAAACCUGAUGUUAUCUGCAUCCAAGAAACAAAAAUGCACGAGACAAGUCAGCCGAAUAUUGGCGCCUUCCUUCUUGAUGGAUACCAGGGCUACUUCUUCGAUUGCAACAAACCAGGCUUCCACGGUACUGCUAUCUACACAAAGAUCAAACCCAUUUCUGUUAAGGAGAGUUUUCCGGACGAUGAGGGCCGCUCCAUCACAAUGGAGUUCUCUAACUUCUAUUUGAUCAAUUCUUACGUUCCAAACGCCGGCCAGAAAUUAGAAAAGCUUACAUACAAGAUCGAAACAUGGAAUCCACACCUUAAGGAAUAUCUCGAUGAGCUCAGCAAGACAAAGGCAGUCAUUUGGACAGGAGAUCUUAACGUUGCUCAUGAGGAAAUCGACAUUUUCGAUCCAAAGGGCAAAGAUAAGACAGCAGGCUACACUCCACAAGAAAGAGAGUGGUUCCACAAGUUCCUUGAGAGCGGAUACACAGAUAUCUUCCGUAAGAGAUACCCAGAUAAGAAGGAAUUCUCCUUCUAUACAUACAGAGGCCAAGCCAAGGCCAAGGGCAAUGGAUGGCGUCUCGACUACUUCAUCAUGGAUAACGCCCACUACAAAGAUGAGCUUGUCAACGACUGCGCAAUGGAAACUGGCGAUUUCUCUGACCAUGUUCCUGUUUCUCUCUUCCUUGACAGAUCAUUAUUAGCUGCUGAAGAUGUUGCAGUCGAUAAGACCUUCAACAAGCGCCUUAACAACGAUACAAUUGUUGAUACUCCAGAAGUUGUCCCAGAAAAGGCCAAACCAAAGAAAGGAAAGAAGGACCAGCCAACUGAGGAAGAACCUAAGGAAGAAGAGGCCAAGGAAGAGGCAAAAGAAGAACCAAAGAAGGAAGAAUCUGAAGAAAAGCCAAAACCAAAGCCAAAGAAAGGAAAACAGGCUAAGGAAGAAGAAUCUAAACCAGCUGAAGAAGCCAAACCUGUCACAGAAGAGGCAAAGCCUGCAUCUGAAGAAUCAAAACCGGCAGAAGAGGCCAAACCAGCUGAAGAAGAGAAGCCAAAGGCAGCCAAGCCAAAGAAGACAAAGAAGGUCGUAGAAGAAGAGCCACAAGAGCCAGAGGACGAAGUUGAUGAUGAAGAAGAGGAAGAAGAUAAGCCAAAGAAGAAGAGGAGAGGAAAGAAAGGUGAAGAACAAUCAUUGAAGAGAAUGCAGACAAGAGAGAAAAGGAAAACAAUCUACUUCUCUGACGAUGAUUCAGAUGAUUCAACAGAAUACACCGGAACACCAAGAAAGACAAGAAGAUCUAAGAAAUGA